AUGGAUUACUCUUUCUAUGAUCCCCGAUCACAGCCCUCGGGCUUCUCGCUCUACGGGCUGCCUACCCCCGACCAACCCCAUGCCCAACCAGAUACAUUCGCCCCUGUGAAUAAUUACCAAAACUUCCCUGGCUAUAUCCCCCCAUUCCCUGCCGACCCCUCCUUUGUCCCGCCACCGCAUUCACCGCCAGACUCGGUCAAGCACUCUGCUUCCAGCGAUGCCGCCAACACUCAGCACACACGCCCCACCUCAUUCGACGGCGAUGAAACUCAAUUCGCCGACCCAGCUUUAGGGAGGAGUAGCAGCGAGGAAAAGGACUCAGCGCCCGCACAAAGCAAGCGCAAGGCACAAAACCGAGCAGCUCAGCGGGCAUUCCGGGAGCGCAAGGAACAGCACGUCCGCGACCUCGAAGACAAAGUAAAUAGCCUCGAACAAGCCUCCAACACAUUACAAGCCGACAACGAGCGCCUCAAGCGCGAGCUGGCCCGGUACACAACCGAGAAUGAGAUCUUGCGCGCGACAUCACAACAGGCCAACCGCGGACAUGUCGGCGCAAACGAGAAUCCUGAACCAACGGUUACGGGCCCAAUGAAGUACUCCCCAACAGACUUCCAUACCACGUUUAUGGCAGACAGCCCUGGCACGUCUCGAAACCUGCACCACCGUCUCACCGUGUGUCCGAUUACCGGUGAGAAGCUGCUGGAUGCGGGUGCUACGUGGGACCUUAUUCAGAAACAUGAACUGUUUGAGCGCGGCCAACUUGAUAUCGGUGAUGUCACGGAGCGUUUGAAGGGUAUGUCGCAGUGUGACGGACAGGGCCCUGCUUUUAAAGAGAGCCAGGUGCGCCGGGCUAUUGAGGAAAGUGCGGCUGCUGGUCGUGAUGAGUUGAUUUGA